CAGAUUAAACCUUAAUCUCCGUCACGCGCAACGUGGAUGGAUCGAAUGCCGCCCAAAAUAUUUGGUCAUAGCUGAAGAUUAACGGACAGACUAGACGGCUAGUAGAGGAAAAAAUGGAAGGAGGAUGGGAAGACGUAGCUAUGUCGAGCGGGGAAGAGAGAGAGGACGAUGAAGCCGCCGCGGAAGCUAAAGAGCGCCUUUGCCAACAAUUUCGGCUCUGCACCAUCUCCAUUGCCGAAGCCGAAGCGAAGCGAAAUGAUAUGGAAAUUUCUCAACCAAUUGUGGCUUGCAUCGCCGAUUUAGCCUUCAAAUACACCGAACAGUUGGCGAAGGAUCUUGAGUUAUUUGCACAGCAUGCUGGCCGCAAGUCAGUUAAUAUGGAAGAUGUCAUACUUUCAACACAUCGAAACAAGCACCUUGCUGCCACAUUGAGAUCCUUCCGUGAUGAUUUGAAAGCAAAAGAACCCCAAACUGAGAGGAAGAGUAGGAAAAGAACAAAAUAGCUAGACAGGGUUGCUCUAGAUGAGCUAACUCUUUGCUGGAUGGAUAUUGUGUAGCACGUCUGAUCUCUUAGAUUCACAUUCACUGAGUUGUAAUAUUCCCUGAAAGGUAAUUCAAAGAGUGCAAAGUCCAUUGGGACGGAGGUAGUAGAUCAGACGUGAGCCCAAAAGCUACUAGAUCAGACAGUGAUGGAACCAACAAGUUAUUUACAUUGAACAUAGUUCAACAGUAUCGGAUUUUCGGAUAGAUAUAAUGCGCCAAAUUCACCCGUGAUAUACAAAUAACACUCUAAAUCAACAACUUUAGCAAUUUAGAAAUAAUUAUGUGCAAGUAAAUUUGUCAGUAAAUUAUGUACAAAUAAUUAUUUGUCAAGAAAUAAUUAUACAAAAAUACUAAUGGGGUUUAAUUCAUUUUUCAAAGCAUACAAGGCUAAGGCAUAAAUUUAUAUACUAUGAGGGGAUUUGGUGCAUUAAACCUGUGUUGGAAGAUGUUAUGAGAUGUUAUAAGUUUCCGGUAGGACCACUUUUGAUUUGGGCUGCAAAUAGGUGAAUAUUUCUCUAAAUAAGAGAGGUCAUGAUAAGUUUGAUAUUGUACAUUCCAAAACGAAUGAAAGAAUUUCAUGUAGUUAAGAAACAUGAAGGUUGAUAUAUACUUUUCCAUCAAGU